AUGACCAGUGCGGAGCAAAAUCCAGGCAGACUGGAGUCCGUCCUGAACCACAUUCGUCUGUGGAAAUCGGGCUCGGAGGACCUGAGCACGGAACAAGCGGAACCCCAGCUGUUUGUGGACUUUCUAAAGCGUUCGCACUGCGAGGAAAACCUGGACUUUAUCCUCUCCACGGACCAGUAUGUUGGUCCGCACGGUGGUCACUCCGCCAAGGAAUCGGGCAGCAGCGAUAGUGAGCUCUUCGAAGCUUGGCACCGCGACAUCUAUCGAGUCUUUAUCGAGGCCGACUCGCCUCGUGAGUGCAAUCUCCCGCAGGACCUCCGGCUCGCAUUUGAACAAUGUGCCCGUACAAGGGCAUUCCCAUCGAGGUCUCACAUCGAUGCAGCUCGUUCGCACAUCCUAUGGCUGUUGCGCGAUGCACACUCGCAAUUUUUACAUCUCCAGCGCCGUUGCUCGGACCAAUCCAACUGCCGCAGCUUGCAUUGCAACGACAGCGCUGGUUCUAUCAGCCAAUCUAGCUCGCACACCGCAUCGAAGGCCAGUUCGCGCUCAGGCUCGGCUCUGCCAUCUCACGCGAGCUCACGAUCAGGCUCCCAGUCUGGCUCACAACCCGGCUCUCUACUAAGUUCUCUACUCGCAUCACCCUCGGCAUCGCACUCGGGCUCUCUACAUCCUUCUCAACUCGGCAUGCAAUUGGGGUCACGACCCCCUUCCCGUCUAUCGUCUGCCGUCUUCGAGAAUCCGAGUCAUUCACCAUCGCUUUCUUCCUCGCCCACCAUCCUGUCGCCCGAUGUUCGCAUUAUAAAUUCACACCCAUUUCUGGACGACUUCGCCGUGGAAGAAGAAGGCGAAAGCAACGAUGGUGACGACGACACAGACCACGAACUCCUGGCCAACGACUCCCCAAAGUCAAGUCAUAAAAAUCGUCAACCCGGCCAUACCACCGGCGCCAGAGGAGUUAGAUAUUCAGCACCAACUUCCGCGACUUCCUUCCCCUUCCCUGGCCGUGUCUCUCCCUUAUCCACCCGGCCUGUGGACGCAGCAUCUGUGUCCACUAUCACAACCGCAACCGUGGAUCCCGCUGGGACCGCGGACCGUGCUGUUCACCGGGCCAGUGGUACCUCCACUGCUUCCUCGUCAUUCUCUACGACCACCAACUCGAGCGUGGGAUUCAACUCUAUGAAGCUCAAGCACACAGGCAAGAGGCUUGUACACAAAUUGAAGUUUCGCAGAAGUAGUUCUGGCAGCUCUGGCUCAUCGUUGAAUCCAUGA